AUGCCUCGAUCAUCCGCAUCUCCAGCUCGCGUACGGCCUCCCUCCCGCCAAUCAACCCGGGCAAUCACUCCUGCUCUUACCAAUCCAAACUUUAUCCAACCAAACCGAGAUGGCCGUAAAUCGCUUGCUUCAACUCCAAUUUCAGCUGCAAAACACGCCCAAGCAAGAUUGAUCUUGACAGCGGAAAGCCCCCAAACCUCAAGAAAUGCGAAGAGGAAGCGAAGUUCACGAGUGGUUGAAUCUGAUCUAGAGAGUGGCUCCCUCGCUGAGCAUCCCCAAAAUGCAAUCGAUAUCCAACAAGAUUCAGAAGACGAAAACUCCAAAGUUAAAACCGCCCGAAAAAAGCGAAAGAAGAGGGAUGAUGAUCUUAACUUGGAUGAUGCCUCUUUAUGA